AUGUUGAAUAUAUCAUGGCCGUCGCUACCUUCACUGAACAUAUUUUCAUCAUCGCCACGUCAAGCUAUCAAGCUGCCGCCUGCCAAGGUUCAUGAGACCGAGACAGCUCAUCAGAAGCCAGCCCGGGCACUGAAGCACCUAUUGAAAUUGGACCAUGUUGAGAAUGGCCUCUUUGACAGGCGACAACUCCCAAGUCAAAUGUCCCAUCUUUUGAGUUCGUCUUUUCUACAAGGCGCAGAUGCUAACGACUUGGGACGUAUCUACGAAUCCCAAAUGAGUGAGGUUGUUAAGUGGAAGGACUCCCCUGCCGAGCUCACCACACUAGAUUGGCAUAGCCACCUUGGAUGCCGAGAGUUUGACCGAGCUUUUGUUGACUUCUUCGAGGAUGAGCUGACCCGUCUUGACUAUGACUGGAAGCAAGUCGUGAAUGAAUAUCUGUUCCAAGGACAGGAACCAGUGUUUGAUUCGAUUAUGGCUUCUCUUGGACUUCCGUUGAUUCACCUUGCAUAUGCUUUUGAGAUGAACAGCCGAGAGAUCGGUAUGGAAGCACUUGGUCUCGCAGCAACUUGCCACAGCGAGACUUACACGUCCCUUGCAACCUCAACGCACUCAACCCAAGAAUCAACUUAUCAACAAAGAUCGCUCUUCGAUAUCCUGGAUCGGGUUGGUGACGAUCAAAGCUUUGAUGGUCUCUUCCCCACAGCGGGCAGCGAUAACCUCGAAACCCUACUCACAUCUCCCAAUACUGCGUUACUAGACCACUGGGGCGCAUGGAAGAUCGAGAACCCAUUGGAACAGUUCCGGGAAAGUCAGCAACUUGCAGUUGCAUUGUUAAUUGGAACAUCCGAGGGGGAUUCGAGCGGCUACUACGAUUGGUUCUUUGCUAUGGUACUUGCAUCCAGCCAUGCUGUUCGGGUCAUGCUUCCCAUGAUCCCCGCCCAAUUCCAGAUUCCUCUAGUUCGGCAAUGGUGGCUCAACGCCCUCGCAAUCUAUAUCUCGCAGCUUCGUCCCGAGAUCAAGCUCGACCGAAUCCGCCAUUAUGAUUCCAAAGAGAAGGACUGGGAAUGGGUUGCCCAGCAAGCGGUGACAGGCGCCUUUUCAACUGAUGCCUCGUUUGUACAAACUACCCGUGUACUGAAAGCGCAGGCUGAGACUUGGGGUGAUCAUGAUCGCUUCUUCUUGAAGGCAGCCGUGCGAAUGAUGACGCGGAAUCUUCCCAAAAUCCUCAUGCAUCCCUUCAAGGCAUUUCGCCAAUCGCCUUGGGCAUUGGCAUCCGCCCUUCCAUCGCGAAUUGACCCGUCUUUGCUAGUUGAAGAGGAGAACUCUCCCUAUUACGACCCGUUCCACUUUUAUCCAGCGCGUAUUGGUGAAAUCCUCAAUGACCGGUACCAGAUUGCGACCAAGCUUGGCCACGGAAGCAGAUCGAGUGUUUGGCUUGCAAGGGACCUUCAUCAGUGGCGCUGGUCGAACGAGCGAUACGUGGCUCUUAAGAUUAACUCCAAUAACUCACAUGCACGGAAGAAUUCUGGUGGUGUUGAGCUGGAGGUUUUGCGACAUAUAACGAGAGCGAACCGUCAACACGAGGGCUGGCAUUUCGUCCGAAAAUUACUUGAUUCGUUCUCUGUGCAGGGAGUUUCAGGAGGCCAUGUAUGUCUCGUCUUCGAACCUCUACGUGAGUCACUGGGGAAAUACUGCCAAAGAUGGCAAGAUGGCGUGAUGCCGCCGGAGAUUCUCAAAAUUAUACUCCAAGAAAUACUUCAAGCGCUUGAUUAUCUCCACACUGAAUGUCACAUCAUUCACACUGACUUGAAACCGGAUAACAUCAUGGUACGAUUGGAAGAUCUUGAGCUUUUAUCCCAGGAUGCUCGUGAUGAGUUUGAGAACCCACUACCUCAGAAGCAUUGCAAUGAUGAACGCAUCAUCUAUUUGUCUCGUAAGGGUUAUGGGCUAUUAAAGGACAUUAUCGGACUUAUUGAAGUCGUCGACUUUGACCUAGCAGUCCAGGGUGAUGUUUUUCAGGAUGGCUGCAUCCAGGCGGAGGUAUAUCGUGCGCCAGAGGUCAUCCUUGACAGAGGAUACACAUAUAGUGCUGAUAUAUGGAGCUUGGGAGUUAUGCUAUGGGAUUUUCUAGAAGGACGAACACUGUUUGAAUCGGUUGAUCCACGCAUCGUUGAAGACUAUGACGACGAAACACAUCUGUCGUACAUCACGUCACUUUUGGGUCCUGCUCCUAAAGACUUUGUUAGCCACGGCAAGAGGACAUCGAUGUUCUAUACGGCUGCUGGAACACUCAAAAAGGAAGAAUUGGUUCCUAGUAGCUUUAGCUUUGAAAGCACACUCUCCAAAUUUAAUGGGGAGGAAAAGGCCAUGUUCAUUAAGUUCGUCAGUCGGAUGAUCAAAUGGAACCCCGAAGAGCGAAGUACGGCGAAGGAGCUACUGCAGGAUCCAUGGCUUCACAACGAUUAUUCACAAGCAUAA